AUUGUUUAGCAAAAUGUCGUGUCGCAAUGGGCCGACAUAAUUUUCCAGUUUUUCAUAUAAGUUUGAUUUGAUCUGGAUUGACUAUAACAUUUGUAAGAAUUAGAACUUAUAACUAUACAAUGGUUGGUUUGGUUAGAAAGAGAGAAGCAGAAGCUUCGACCGAGAAGAAUGGACACAAGAGAUUGAAAUCAAUUGCGACUUCAUCAUUUAUUUUACAUUCAUAUGCAAAAUUACCCGAUUUGAAUGAAUAUCCUCAAGGUAAAUCUGAACCUUUGGACAUAUUUGUAUGGGGUACCGGUUCCAUGUGUGAAUUGGGAUUAGGACCUAAAAGUAAAGAAGUCAAAAGACCAAGAUUAAAUCCACUUUUGACCAGUGAAGUAUUAGGAGAUACCAAAAUUGUUGAUUUCUCUGUUGGUGGUAUGCACGUUUUAGCAUUAGACGGUAAGGGUAGAUUAUGGUCUUGGGGUGGUAAUGAUAGUGGAGUUUUAGGAAGAGACACAUCUCAAGCAAAAGAAGUUUUGAGAGAUGCUGAUGGAGCUGAAGAUGAUGAUGAUGAAGAUGGAGAAUUAAACGAAGAAGAAUCAACUCCAAAAUUAGUGGAAAAUUUACCUGAAAUUAAAGGGUCCAAGAUUGUUCAAGUUUCAGCUACUGAUAACUUAAGUGCUGUAUUAUAUGAUAAUGGUGAUGUUUAUGCAUGGGGUUGUUUCCGUUGUAAUGAAGGUUUAUUAGGAUUUUUGAGAGAUGAAAUUAAAUUACAAAGAACUCCAUUAAAAAUAAAGGAAUUGAAAAAUAUUGUCCAAUUGGCCGGUGGUAAGGAUCAUUUGUUAGCUCUUGAUGCUAAAGGUAUUGUAUAUGCUUGGGGUAAUGGUCAACAAUUUCAAUUAGGACGUCGUGUGAUUGAAAGACAUCGUUUCCGUACUUUAGAACCUCAACAAUUUGGUUUAUACAAUAUUAAAUAUAUUGCUAGUGGUGAUUUCCAUUGUUUUGCCAUUGAUCAUGAUUAUCAAGUCUUUGCAUGGGGAUUAAACCAAUAUGGUCAAUGUGCUUUGACUGAUGUUAAUGGUGAAUUAGAAGAUGGUUCUUUAAUCACCAAACCAACUUUAAUUCCUGCUCUUUCAAAUAAAAAGAUUGUAAAGAUUGUAUCUGGUGAACACCACGCUCUUGCCUUAACUGAUUCUGGAGAUGUUUUCUCUUGGGGUAGAUAUGAUAUGAAAGAAGUUGGUAUUCCAAAGGAUAAAUUACCUGAAUCAACAUUUAAAGAUGCUCAUGGUCAACCUAGAUCAGUUCCUGUACCAACUAAAUUAAUAUUUGGAGUUGGUGAAAAGGAAGUUAAAAUUAAAGAAAUUGGUACUGGAUCUCAUCAUUCAUUUGCUAUUACUGAUGAUGGAUUUGUUUAUGCCUGGGGUUUUGCUGAUACUUAUGGACCAGGUUUAGGACCUUUAGAAGAAGAUGUUGAAAAACCAGAAAGAAUUGUCAAUACUGCUACCAAGUAUUAUGAUAUUCAACUUAUAGAUGCUGGAGGUCAAUUUUCAGUCAGUGGAGGUGUUAAAAUUAGUGAUGAAGAUGAAGCAGAAGACAGAAUAGAUAAGUAUGACGAAAUUGAUGGAAAGGACUAAAAUUGUAGAAUUAUUGUAUAGUAUUUUUGUUUGUAAUUCAAUAUAUAAAAGUAGUUCAAUUUUUGAACAUCAUUAAUCAAAUAUA